ACCUGUGGAGAGCAGUAACAGCGUGGAUGAGCGUGUCCUCAGCAGAGGAAGAGAGUGGAGACGUCACAUGGAGAGAUGCGACCAGCAGAGGCUGCUUCACCACUCACCACACAUUAACAUAACUAGCUACUACAAGCUAACCAGGCUAGCUACAGGGGUCGCUUUGCGUUAUCAAACAUUCGGGAGUGCAAGUGUGCCGGAAAUAAAAGCAGGAUUCACAGACGGCUCAGAACUAGACGCGCAUCACGGUCACAGAGAGUGAUCUUGGCCCCUUCCUGCUCUCCGCUGGCAGGGUAUUUGUCUCGCUAGCGACGCCAACCAUAGCAAACUGCCUUGGCUAGCGCCAGGCUAGCCAGCUAGCUAGCUAGCUACUAACGUCGCUAACGGUGGUUAGCUAGCUAGCUACUAACGUCGAAAACGGUGGUUAGCUAGCUAGCUAGUAACGUCGCUAACGGUGGUUAGCUAGCUAGCUAGUAACUUGCGUCAUGGAUGAACUAGUCGCGGAAGUGAGGGGAACCAGCGGGGCCUUUUAUAAGGCCUUUGUGAAGGAUGUUCAUGAAGGAUCAGUCACUGUGGCUUUUGAAAACAACUGGCAGCCGGAGCGUCAGAUCCCAUUCCAGGAUGUGCGAUUUCCUCCUCCAACAGGGUUCUGCAAAGAGAUAAAUGAGAGCGAUGAGGUCGAGGUAUAUUCCAGGGCUAAUGACAAAGAGCCUUGUGGGUGGUGGCUGGCUAAGGUUCGCAUGGUUAAAGGAGAGUUCUACGUAAUAGAAUAUGCUGCAUGCGACGCUACAUUAAAUGAGAUUGUGACACUGGAGAGGUUACGGCCAGUCAACCCAAACAAACCAGCCACAAAAAACACAUUCAUCAAGAUCAGACUGGAUGUACCCGAGGAUCUACGACAGAUGUGCUCCAAGGAAUCGGCACACAAAGACUUUAAGAAGGCUGUGGGAGCGUUCACUGUCACCUAUGACUCAGAAAAAAAGCAGCUGGUCAUCCUGUCAGUGAAUGAGGUCACAAUGAAACGCGCCAAUAUGAUGAGUGACAUGCACUUUAGGAGCCUCCGCACCAAACUGUCUCUCAUGACAAGGAACGAAGAGGCCAACCGACAACUGGAGAGUUCCAGACAGCUUGCAUCACGGUUUCAUGAACAGUUUGUAGUUAGGGAUGAUUUAAUGGGUCUGGCCAUUGGGACUCACGGAGCAAACAUUCAACAAGCUCGUAAGGUCCCAGGAGUCACUAACAUAGACCUGGAUGAAGAAACAUGCACCUUUCACAUAUAUGGAGAGGACCAGGAGGCUGUUCGUUUAGCGAGGUGUUUCCUGGAGUUUUCUGAAGAUGUCAUCAAAGUUCCCAGGAACUUAGUAGGAAAGGUCAUUGGCAAGAAUGGUAAACUGAUCCAGGAAGUGGUUGAUAAGUCUGGUGUGGUGCGGGUUCGUAUUGAACCUGAAAACGACAAGAAGCCGUCGGCAGUGGCGGCAGCAGCAGCAGACGAGGGAAUGGUGCCAUUCGUUUUUGUGGGGACCAAGGAAAGCAUCUCCAAUGCUACAGUACUGCUGGACUACCAUCUGAACUACCUUAAGGAGGUGGAUCAGCUCCGCCUAGAGCGUCUCCAGAUUGACGAGCAGCUGAGACAGAUAGGAGGAGGAGGUGGAGGAGGAGGGACGGGACCUCGGAAUCUGAAAGACAAAACCUACGUGUUCGAUAACGGCAUGGGACUGGGGAUGGGAAGAGGAGCGGGAGGAGGAGGGAAGCCCUACACCGGAGGGGGAGGACGAGGGGGGCGAGGACGAAGAGGAGGAGGUGCAGCUUUUGCCUCAGGCACUAACUCAGAGGCAUCCAAUGCUUCAGAGACAGAGUCAGACCACAGAGAGGAGCUCAGCGACUGGUCGCUGGCCUGCACCGAGGAGCUGAUGACAGGAGGCGGGACUCUGCCCAGAAGGACAGAUGGGAGGAAGAGACCAGGCGGUGGUGGACCAAGGGGACGAGGGGGAAGAGGAAGAGGAGGAGGAGGGUAUAAAGGUGACGACAUGCAGUGGGGUGAUCCAAGACCUCGUCAUAUCAGAGACCCCAAGACCAGAGCGCCGGAAGACAGCCUACAGAUCCGUGUGGACGGUAACAACGAGCGCAGCGUGCAACACUCGUCAGGGGGUCGAGGAGGAGGAGGAGGAGGAGGAGGGCCUUCCUCCUCCCAGGGUGGUGUCGGCAGUGACGGCCCGUCCCGUCAUCAUCAUCCGAGACCAAUCAGAGACCGAGGGAUGAAGAAGGACAAACAAGACGCUCCUCCGCUGGUGAACGGAGUGUCGUAGAUACACCACUGGAGGACCUUCUCAUUUAGAUAUACACACACACACACGUUCAGAUACAGAUACACACACACACAUUCAGAAAUACACACAGGCAACUGGUCAUAUACCAUUGUAGAAUCUCAAUCUCUCUCUCGCUUUUUCUUUCUUUUUUUCGUCAAACACGUGAAUACACAUAUUUCAUCAGCAUGGAAGUUUACCGUAGACCAGAGGUUGUCUGGUAUCUGCUGGUCUGGUCUGUGAGUGUACUGCUCUGGACUCUUCUUGACUGGUAUGUUAUCUUGCGCUCUUCUGUGGAGUGACAAGUAAAAUAAUCAGUACCUUUUUGGACAAAAGGAAAAGAAGAGCAGGGAUUUGACUAAAGAUCAUCUCUUACUGAGGCAUUAUCCCUGAACAUAUCCCCCUCCCCCAUCAACAACAAAUAUUUGUUUAGCUUUUUUGUCACUGCCCUGUUUGAAAAUGCUCACUUAAGAGACAAAAGAAAUUAGGUGAAACUGGAAAAAAACUGGGAAUUACAACUACGUCUGAAAGCGGAAUUAAACGUGUGUUCCUUCCCUUUACAUCUCAGAUUUAUUUUAGUUUCCUACAGGUGGAGAAAUAAUCUGUGGUGGUUUAAAACUCCAAAAUCCAACAUUUGGCAGUCACGAGUUUAUAAGUCUUACAGUCUUUCAGGUAUGAUUCCAGAAAGACUUAAUUAUCAACUGUAAAAUAUAUGAUCCUUUUGAGAAGGAAGGGGCAGACGUGUUUUGGUGUCUCUCAAAUAACUUGUGUAUACAUGGGGAAAUCAUGGCUUGGCACUUAGGAUUCACUCAGCAGUGAAUGAUUUACCAGUCUCAUCAUUUAAAUUGUCUGUUUUUUGUUUGCUUCGGUCUGCAUACUGUAAAAUGCUUUCAUUCUUUCCGACUGUCGGACCAAGCAUGAAUUAAGAGAAGUCGAAGACAUAGCGAUGGAGAAACAUAAAUCUGAGGCACUUUGAUGCAAAUAAACUGUUAAAAAGUCUUGAGUGAAGCAAAGGGAGACAGGAGCGUCACCAGCAGGUUACAAUAUGAGAUGAACUGCUGUCCAUUAUAUAGAUUCUGCACUUAAGGAUUAUACACCGAACAUACAACAGCUAGAAUCACAGAUAAAACUAGUACAUUCACAUUUUUAUACGGUUAUAGAAUAAACUCUGACUCAUGAUGAAAGCAUUCAGCACAAUCACCACUUAAAGAGCCCACGCGGUUGUGACACUCCCAUCCGCCUUCAUGGAUCUCUGCCGUCAACUAGAAUCCACACUGAUCACAACCUUUCUAACAUCGACAAAGGGAUAUUUCUGAUUAGGCUGCAAGAUGAACUUAACUUUGGUUAUUUUUUACUAACAAAGCAGUCGAGGAUGGAUGCCUUUUUAAAUUAGUGCAUCAACUUUUGCUUUCAGACAAACCGGAUUAAGGCAACAACAUUGUCAGUGUAGACCUCCUGUCGCCUGAUCACAUGAGCUUUUCUUUAAUUUAUGAAAACCUUUGUAUUUAACUUUUGUUUUGCAGUUAGUGUUUCAAGUAUUAGUGUAGAGGAAACAAGUUCUUGUGAGUAAUGCCUUGAUAUAAUAAAAACUUGGUUUAAGUUUAAUUCUCUUUGGUUUUCAAACUCAUUGUGGGCCCAUCUGUCUUAGUUGAAUAUUUUCUAUGUUAAUCUGGUUUAAUUUAGCUCUUCUGUUCUGCCUGGAGUCUACUAAAAACAUUGUAGGUCUUUUUUCUACUUCCUGCUUAUUAAUAAUGGGAUUGUGAAUGUUACCUGAAGUUAGAGGCACAUUUUAGUCAAACCACUCAGAUUAAAUGUAAAAUGAAGGUUAAAUCAAGCAAUUCUUGUCAUAAGUCUGGUUAAAUCCUUUGUGUUCAUCACUGGCACUUUUCUGCCAUUCCUCUGGGUUAUAACAAGUCUUUUAAAAAAACAUCUUUGUGCCUUCAAUUUAUGCUCCUCAAUUUCUGUGAAUUUGGCCCAUUCUUAAAAGCACCGGGUUACCCUGAAUAGAUCAAAUCCUUUAAUACUGUAUGUUUAAACCCGCUGCCGUUUUUUCUUUCAUGUUUCGGACAUUGGGUACAAGCUGCUUUCUCUUUCAUUCCAUGAAUCUGUAUGAAUUUCUUAGAAUUCUUUUGGAUAGACCAAAUGGUCAAAGAGAAUUUCGACAGAUUCAGGGCUUCUAGUCCUGUACAAUGUCCAGUCUUGUAGUUUUGCUCUAGAACUAUCUGCGUUGUGAUAGUGACUCAGUGACAUAGACAGAUAGAAGAGAACAACCAGCAAAGAGCAGAAAGUGACUUUCCUAAGCAGUGCAGGUUUUUCAACAUCAGAGGAACAUCAGAAAAAAACUGACCUGUGUAGACUUAAAGCUCUCAUUCUGAAAUGUUGCUGUUUUGUAGAGUCACUGACUGAAGGAUCCUAUUGAACUUCACCAUCAUCAAAAUAAGUUGGCACGAAGGCCUUUACUGAUCAUUUACACUCUCAGUUGACCUAAAUUGUGCCCUACGUUCAAACUGACUCCAGUAACUCUGAUGAGCUAGUAUAGAAAGUAUUUGUAUAUCAAUGAAUGAAAAUAAGAGUCAUGGUGACAUUUGUUUGGAUUCAUUUUAUUUCUUUUGAAAACCUGUUGAAAUGUGAGAAAGUUGCUGUAAAAACAAAAAUUCUAAGCAAAAAAAAAAGUUUCUCAAGGUUUCUCUGCGUAUUCGUAGGUUUGUCAACAUUAGAUCACAAUGUUCUACAUAUAAUCACUAAGUAAUUCAGCAUAUGCCAGUAUGCUGGACCUGAUUUUAAGUUUUAAUGUUACGUAUGCAUCAAUGUUGUGGAAAGAACAACUUUACUUUUCCUCGAAAGGAAUAGUGUGACAUUUUGGAAAAAAACAUCCUCACCUUAUUGUUGAGAGUUGAAGGAACCAGCAGGUGAUUAGCUUGGAUUAGCUAAGGGCUGAAAAUGGGGAAAUACCCAGCCUGCCUAUGUGCAGAGUUAACAACAUCCAGCCAGCACCCUUAAAACCCACCAACUAACAUGUUACAGUAUAUCUUAUUUAUCUUGAGUUUGUACAAAACAUAAAUCUGUGGUUUUAGAAUGAAUUAUUUCUUGGCCUGGCACUGUGGCUACUGGGCUAGCAUUCCCGCCCUGCUUCCAGUCUCUAUGAUAAGCUAAGCUAACUAACUGCCAAUGUGAUAAUGCGACACAAUGAGUCAUGUUUAUCCUUCCUCUUUUCAAAAGGACAGUUUCCUGAAAUGUCAAAACUAUCCUUUUAAUGAACUGCUUUCUUUAGGACUGUCAUUAAUAAGCAUAGUGCAAAAUCGCUCCAGAAAAUUUGUGAUCGACUUUUACCUGCAAAACAGAAACAAAAGUUACAUGUAAUAAAGACAAAAUAUAACAAGUUUUAAAAAAAAUCCUGUUAUCUUUAUGCUUCAAAGCUGUGAAUGCUCAGAGAAACUUUACCAUAUUCUGUGUGACAUGUGCCUUUAAAUUGUGGCUAGUAUCACAACCUAGACUUGUAAAUCAGGGAUGAUGAGGAGACAUUGACCAGAUGGAUAAAGAUGGCUAAUUCCAAAGUGAUUCAUGAUUCAUUCAUUGAUUCACUCUGGGUUGUCAUUGGGAAAAAGCUGAGCAUUUCUGACCCUCCUCUAAAACCCAAAGGGCGGCUGUUAAUUGUACAGGUGACUUUGGCUUCACCAUCUUUUACCACCUGGUCGGGUUUAAACACUGAGCGUGUUGUAUCUUUGUACAGUCGACAAACAUAAGCCUGUAGCUUAUGACCUGGUUCAAUUGUUCAUCUGUGAAAUGGAUUCAGUUGCUUUUGUAGACGGCUGCAGUUCAGAACCUUAGCUGCUGUUUGAAAGUCAAACACAGCCUCCUAAUAUACUUCCUUCUUUUAACAUUUAAUCUUGAGAUGCUAAAUAGUUUGACCCAGUGCAACUUUAUUCCCUCUAUUCUUCCCGAUAGUAACUUCAGUAAUGAAAGGAACUGAAAAGAUUUCAGAGGUUGAGCCAGGUCUUCUCUUUAGCAGAGAUCAGUGAACCUUCCUAGUCUUGCGAUGCAUGCACAUCUUUUAUUAUGGAUUUUGGACAUUCAAUGACUUUGAAAAAAUACAUUCUUUUUAAUCAGUGUUAUUUUGUCUCAUGUCUCUAUGACCUAAGACUGGUCGGAGUUUUGAAGUAUCCGAUGAUGAGUAACAUCUUCUGACAACCACCAGCUUAGAGUCAGUGAGACAUGGGAAACUUAUACCUUUUAGAAAAUGUCUCCAGAAAGGCUGGAAACAUGAGUAAUGAAUCACGAAACAGGCUUUUUGUUGAAAUUUUAUUUUCCUUUUUCUAAAGUAUUACCGGUGUCAGUUUCUCCAUCACUAAUCUGUUCGGACGUUUGCUUUCACUUGGUGUUCACACAGCUGUUUAACCGGUGAGCAUCCUCUGCAGUGCAUCAGCAAACAGCUCAAGUGAAAGUCACCUCUAUAUUGUCAAUAGAGCAUCAACAGUAUGGAGUUGCUUUGUAUUGUUAAAAAAACAUAAGACAAGGGAGGCUGUUAUACUGUAUAUAAUGAUGUCAUUAUUUGUCUGAGAAAAGAUUUGUACAAUUGUUUCAAAUGUGCACUUAUCCUGAUAUCUUCUUUUUUGCUGUUUAAUAUCAGUUCAAUGCUAGAUCUCUUGAUAAUAAACUUAAUGAUGUGUGGAAAAAAUA